AGCUCUAGUUAAGGAUUAAGUCACAAUCCCACCUCUAAUAUCAACAUCUUCUAUCUAUCUAUAUAUAUAUUAAGAAAAUUAUAAAUAUAAUUAAUAUCAUCAUGGUGAAGAUCAAAUACCUUGUUUGGCUCUUCUUCAUAAUUAUGAUCAUUGCUUCUUCAUGCAAAUCUGAUGAUCAAGAUCAGAACAAACAACACAAGUAUGAUGAUGAGAAUGGUUCUGAAUUAUCAAGAAGAGAAAACUACUACAACCAUAUUCAUGGUGAUGGUAAAUUGAGUACUAUUAGAAAAGCAAAGGCAGUGUAUGGUGGAUCUAAUGACCUUGUGAGGCGCCCUAAGAACAGCCAAAGUGCACCAUUAAUAAUUUCAAGCCCUAAACAACUCUUUCUUCUUGGAUUUCUUCCCUGUCUUAUAAUGUUCUUUCCACUAAUUUGAGACUAGCUUUUUGGGAUUAUACAUACAUAUAUAUUAUGUGUAUAUGUACUUUUAUGAUCACUUUGAAAAUUUGUAUGAUGAAAGUUGUCCUUUCCCUUGUUCUACACUUUUUUAUUAAUUGCUUAUAGUUUCAUGCAAC